UGUUUUUGACAAACAAGACUCCGUACGUAACCUGUCCAGUCCUGUGUUCAAUUCGCCGUUGCACCGUGCGUAGUGGGGUGGGCGCACGUGAGAGCGCCGAACUUCUGGACGCAUUACCUAAGCCCACGCAAACUGGCGGCUUGCUCGUGCCCGCCAAGGUGUCAGCCCCACCACCAGCCGCAAUUGCCUGAAGCUCCAACGACCGCGAAGCCCAGCAGACAAGCUGUCCAGCAUCAAACACCAGGCAUUUCAUCAAAGGGCCAACUGCAAAAUACCUACCUCGGCGUACCCGCGCUACGAUACAGCCACAUACUCUACAAGCACGCUCUUCUCCACAGGUAGAGCAUCUUCCCAGACAACCCGUCCCUUCCCCGACGCGCAAUCAGGGCGUCAGCCUACCUGCCUGCCCGUCGUCAGCCGAUUACGGGGGCUAUUCGACUCGAUCGCGACGAGAGACACGUUCCACACACAGCGCAAUAAAGCAACCACUUGUCAAAAUGGCAUCAGCACAAAGCUCGUCCAAGAACGACGGCAAGGCGGUCACUGACUCGAAGCAGCCCGAGCAGCCGACAGAGCAGAAGACGGUGGCUGCGCUAGAGGAGGACGACGAGUUUGAGGAUUUCCCCGUCGACGAUUGGUCGGCCGAAGAUACCGAGGUCGCCAACAGCGGUGAGGGGACACAGCACCUGUGGGAAGAGUCGUGGGACGACGACGACACAAGCGACGAUUUCUCCGCCCAGCUCAAGGAGGAGCUUAAGAAGGUCGAGUCAUCGAAGAGGCGAUGAAGCUGGGGCACAAAUACCUAUAUCAACCAUUUGACGCAGUAUGGCUAGGCUAUGGUUGGGGGCUAUUAGACCAAGGACUUCCUUUCUUCGCGUCAUGUCAUUGGACGAUGUAUAAGCAGAAACUACGUCGAGGUUACUCAGCGGGGGUUGUAGUAAUUUGGCAGUGGCAGAACUGAAUUAACUAAGCUCUAUACAAGGGAGUGGCUGGCCUGGGCGACAUUUCUUGUGCUAGACCUUUUAGGAACUCACAACUAAGCAGCAAAAAAAAGAUGGUAGUGGGGUUUACAAGACAACAUUCUUAGGUUUAGAGAAAUUGGAACCUGUCUAAUUGACCUGGGCUACAAUCCUGGCAUCACGUCCUGUGCAUGG